CCAGCUGGCCUGUGCGGAAGAGGGAGGCGGCCGAGAGAAGAGCAUGGCGGAGCAAGAGCCCGAGCCUCUCCGCCUGAAGCGGCUGCACGGCGGCUUCUUCGCCGUGCCGGCUGCACACCGGCUGGGAAGAUGCCGGAGCGUCAAGGAGUUUGAGAAGCUCAACCGGAUCGGAGAAGGGACCUAUGGCAUCGUGUAUCGUGCCCGAGAUAUGCAGACAGGUGAGAUUGUUGCUCUGAAGAAAGUGCGGAUGGACAAAGAGAAAGACGGAAUCCCCAUCAGCAGCCUGAGAGAAAUCACCCUGCUGCUGAAGCUCCAGCACCCUAACGUCGUGGAGCUGAAGGAGGUGGUGGUGGGCAAUCACCUGGAGAGCAUUUUCUUGGUGAUGGGCUACUGUGAGCAGGACCUGGCCAGCCUCCUUGAGAACAUGCAGGCUCCCUUCUCUGAAGCCCAGGUGAAGUGCAUCGUUCUCCAGGUUCUCCACGGUCUUCAGUAUCUGCACAACAACUUCAUCAUCCACAGGGACCUCAAGGUGUCCAACUUGCUCAUGACUGACAAAGGUUGCGUGAAGACAGCGGACUUUGGGCUGGCUCGUGCCUACAGGGUCCCCCUGAAUCCGAUGACUCCAAAAGUGGUGACACUGUGGUACCGGGCCCCCGAGCUCCUCUUGGGCACAACCACACAGACCACGGCCAUCGAUAUGUGGGCGGUGGGCUGCAUCUUGGCGGAAUUGCUGGCCCAUAAGCCUCUGCUCCCUGGGAGCUCCGAGAUACAACAGGUUGACCUGAUUGUGCAGCUGCUGGGCACCCCAAACGAGACCAUCUGGCCCGGUUUCUCCAAGCUUCCCCUAGUGAGCCAAUACACCCUCCGCAAGCAGCCGUACAACAACCUGAAGCACAAGUUUGCCUGGCUGUCCGAGGCCGGCCUUCGUCUCCUGAACUUGCUCUUCAUGUACGAUCCAAAUAAAAGAGCAACGGCCGGAGACUGCUUGGAGAGCUCUUACUUCAAGGAAAAGCCAUGGCCCUGUGAACCGGAGCUGAUGCCAACUUUCCCCCAUCAUCGUAACAAGAGGGCCGCCCCGAGCACGGGAGGGGAGUGCCUGGGCAAACGUAGCCGGCCCUGAGAUGGCAGCUUUGGAGGACACCUAAAAGCUUUCUGCCAAGCACUUCUCCUGAGGCUCGGGGGCUGGAGACGGCCCAGCGAUGCAGAUCCUAGCUGGAGGGAAACGGCUGCCUGUCCAGGACCCUCUUGCUCCGCAUGGAGCCUUCAGCAGCAGCAAAGCACCACCCACCUCCUCCUCGGUCCCUCCACCCCAUGGCUAAGCCUCAGCCUCACCCACUUUUGAAAGGUACUCCAGGCAGGCAGCCGGAUUCUGCUCCUCAGUUUUGUUGAAAACAAGCAGCUUCUCCCGGUGCUGGAAGAACAAGCGAAGCAUUCCUGCUGGAGCAGCCGAGAAGGGAGCAAACCUCAAGGCCUGCAACGUUUCCAAGACAGCCACAACUGAAAGGACAGGUGGGAAGCACCAGGCGACCUGGCAGACGCCCCCGAGGCUUGGAGCCCCCGAGGCUUCCCAGGGAGCUGCUUCUCGGCCCGGCUCUGCUCUGCGGCAUGAGCUGGGCAGCUGACCUCGUUGGAAGAAGGGGGCCAGUUUCAAUAAAGAUUUUUCUUCCGGCCU